AAAGUCGCUAUUCUGUGGUACAAAUUAUCAAUCAUAAUAAAUCUGAAAUCAGCUGUUGUACAAACAAAAGUUCAAAGAAAUAAAAAAAAUUUAUUAGAAGAAAUGUCUUAUCAGCUGUAUAGAAAUACCACUCUUGGACAUACACUCCAGGAGAGUUUGGAUGAAUUGAUUCAGUAUGGGCAAAUAACUCCUCAGUUAGCUUCUAAAGUAGUGCUUCAGUUUGAUAAAUCCAUAAAUCAAACUUUAGCCACAAAAGUUAAAUCAAGAUUGACUUUCAAAGCAGGGAAACUGAAUACCUACAGAUUUUGUGAUAAUGUGUGGACAUUCAUGUUAAACGAUGUUGAAUUCAGAGAAGUACAAGAGGUCACCAAAAUAGAAAAAGUUAAAAUUGUAGCUUGUGAUGGAAAAAGUAUAAAUGAGGAAAGCACAUCAAAGAAAUAAUUUUUAUGUCGAUUUGUAUACCAGGAAAGAUGGAGAAAUUAGUUUUUGGAGUGCCUAUUCUUAAAAGAUUAAAGACUAUUUGACUAACCACUUCAAGUGAUUGAUUUUAUCAAUCAAAAACAUUCUUUUUCAAUGAUCAAACCUUAUAAGACUCUGUCAUGUAUACUGUUUCAUUAAAAGUAGGCACUCUCAAGUUUAUUCAUUUUGAAGAUUUUUGUUGCGUACUUAUAUAAGUUAAUAAAGUACAUAUUUUGAAACCAU